CUCUCCUAUAUAGUUUAGUUUUCCAUUCAGAUUAUAACUUCAGAUUUUAAGAAGUUAUAGUUAUAGAAUCUAAAUUGCUGUAAAUGAAUUAAGAAGUCAGAAGCCGAAAAACUCAUAAUAUUCUCAUAAGCUAGCUGCUUCUCGAAAUUAAUUUUAAGCAAAGUAAGUAAACCCAAUAUCACUGACCAGCCUACCAAGCACUCAAGCAGUACACAAGCGCAUGGGAAGCCCAAAGCUGGCCCAGCCGCGACGUGCUGUCCUAGUCAACACGACUUUGACCCGUUCCAUUCUUCUCUUCCAUGUGACAUGCGAGGAUUUCACUUGACAAAAAAUAAACUGAAGGGAAAAAUCGAGGAAACAGGGAAAAAAUGUUGGGCUGUAAAUACAACAGUAUGUGUGUGUUUUAUGUGCUGGCCCAUCUGCUAGAGGGCCCAUCUAGUCAUGUAUAUGUAAAUAAGGAUAGCAAUACAGAGAAGGUGAAGCUUCCAGAGAAAAUUGGCUGCCAAAAAACUUCAUGGUAUCAGAGCCGACCGGCCGGCGGCAGGCGACGGUUGAACCCUAGCUGGCCGGAGGCGUGGAGGCUUGAGCAGGGUAGAGAGUGCGCAUCAGCAGCGGCGCGGAAGAGCGGGGCCAGCGCGGCGCGUCGAGGAGGAAGAAGCCGAGCAGCUGCAGGUGCGGAGCUGCUGCUGCUGCUUGGGGCUGAGCUCGCAGGUGCAUAGCUGCUUUGGGCUGAGGCAAGAAAGAAAGUGCUGGUAAACAGCUGGUGUUGGUGCUCCUCAGGAAGAAGUGGCUCUUGCUCUGUAGUGGCGGGGUCACAGCACAGUGAAGACUUUGCAUCUCUUGUGGGUGUGUGAUUGGCAAGGAAACCGAGGUAAAAGCACAGCUACUGCUUUUGUGAUAUUGACUAUUUGAGCAAUCUAUAGGAAGGGAAAGGUAGAACAGGGGGCUCAGAUCUGCUAGUUGGGUUUCUACUGGUUUGCAGUUUCAGAAUUUGCAUUAUGGCAGAAAAUCAAGGAAUAGAACAAGUGAUGGGUAAAUUGGUGGACAUGCUAGCGAAAAAAUUUAGUGAGGCCUCAACUACAAGCAAUGCAAUUAUCCCUCAUACUGAAUCAAUACUGAAGAUUGAGUUAAUGCAAAACGAAAUCAAGUUGGAGGGUGUCAAAAAUUAUUUGAGUUGGUCAAGGAGGGCAUUACUAAUACUAAAAACAAAGGGGUUAGAAGGAUAUGUCACAGGAGAAGUGAAGGAGCCUGAGAACACAUCAAGUGUAGAAUGGAAGACUUGGAGCACUACCAACUCUUUAGUGGUGGCAUGGUUGUUGACUUCAUUAAUCCCAGCUAUUGCUACAACUGUUGAGACUAUCUCUAGUGCGAGGGAGAUGUGGAAAACUCUUACUAAACUAUACUCAGGAGAAGGUAAUGUGAUGCUAAUGGUGGAGGCACAAGAGAAGAUAAGUGCUUUGAGACAGGGGGAGCGCUCUGUGGCAGAAUAUGUCGUAGAGUUGAAGAGUUUGUGGUCCGAUUUAGAUCAUUAUGAUCCUCUUGGAUUAGAGCACUCUGAUUGCAUAGCAAAAAUGAAGAAAUGGGUUGAGCGUAGAAGGGUUAUUGAGUUCUUGAAGGGUCUAAAUCCAGAGUUCGAAGGAAGAAGAGAUGCAAUGUUUCACCAAACCACUCUUCCUACCUUAGAUGAGGCCAUUGCAGCUAUGGCACAGGAGGAGCUUAAGAAGAAAGUAUUGCCUAGUGCCGCACCAUGUUCACCAAGUCCCACCUAUGCAAUUGUACAAGGUAAAGAGACUAGAGAGUGCUUCAAUUGUGGUGAAAUGGGACACCUUAUGCGUGAUUGUCAUGCUCCACGCAAGCCUACUUAUGGGAGAGGAAGAGGUGUUGAUAGAGGUGGAACAAGAGGUGGAAGAGGCUAUGCUGGUAGGAGCAAUAGAGGAAGAGGUUAUGGAUAUAGAGGUGAUUACAAGGCUAAUGCAGUUACUCUAGAAGAGGGUUCUUCCGGGACUACACCUGACAAUGUUGCCAACUUUGCUCAUUCUACUUCAGGAGAGAAGAACAGGGAAGAAACUUGGGAUUAGUAUCAGGCGUGAUGGACUUUGGUACUUGGACAGAAGAGGGACAAAUGAGGAUGUGUGUGCACUAAUGGCUUCAACAAGUAAAGAAGUGACUGAGGUAUUACUUUUGCAUUGUCGACUAGGACAUAUAUCUUUUGAAAUUAUGAGUAAAAUGUUCCCGGUAGAGUUUAGUAAAGUGGAUAAACAUAUGCUGAUAUGUGAUGCAUGUGAGUAUGGGAAGCAUACUAGAACAUCAUAUGUGAGUAGA